AUGCCCAGACUGAGAGAAACAAGAAUGGAUUCCGAUUUUGGAAUGUGCAAGUCUCGAGAAGACGUCCAUCCUGACGAUGUUACAUCCCAUUCAGCCGAAAGUGUGAAGGAAAGUCAAGAAAGCGGACAGAGCGAAGCCAGUCUGCGUGUGGACAGACAGAAACCGGAGACUGAAAUGGUCCUUUCUGAAGACAACACCUCUAGUGUGAGCAUAAAAUUGGGGUAUUUUUUAUUGGAAAAUUCAAUACAUACUAUAAAACUCAUUUUCAAGUAG